AUGGCUCCAAAGGCACUCUGUUGUAUUUCUGUCGAUAUAGACGCCGUAUGCGGGUGGAUAGGGUCAUACGGUGGUGAAGAGUCUGUAUCAGACAUCUCCAGAGGGUACUUCGCUGGCACAGUGGGCGUACGCCGUCUUCUGAAGCUUUUUGACAAGUACAAUAUUAAGACCACUUGGUUCAUUCCUGGCCACUCACUAGAGACAUUCCCUGAGGAAUGUGCCAUGAUUCGUGAUGCAGGCCAUGAGAUUGGCCUGCAUGGCUAUUCGCACGAGAACCCGAGGGACAUGACCAUCGAGCAACAGGAGAUCGUGCUUGAUAAGACUUAUAAGAUGAUCACUGAAUUCUGUGGAAAGCCACCGCGAGGCUCAGUGGUCCCAUGGUGGGAGACUUCGAAAGAAGGCGCCGACUUGAUGCUGAAGUACGGGCUGGAGUAUGAUCAUUCCUUCUCACAUCACGAUGCCUUGCCCCACUGGCUGCGCGUUGGAGAUUCGUGGACGAAUAUCGACUACAAGAACCACCCAGACACGUGGAUGAAGCCGCUGGUCCGUGGGGAAACCACAGGUCUUGUUGAAAUCCCUGCAAGUUGGUACCUCGACGAUCUUCCACCCAUGAUGUUCAUUAAGAACAUGACCAACUCGCACGGCUGGGUUCACCCCAGCGUUGUUGAGGAUCUCUGGAAAGACCACUUUGAUUACUUUUACGAAACCUAUGAAAAUUUCUGUUUUCCUGUAACAAUACACCCUGACGUAUCUGGACAUCCCCACGCCCUGAAGAUGGUAGAAAGAGUUGUUCAAUACGUUAGCAAACAUGAGGGCGUGGAGUGGGUUAAGAUGGAAGAUAUAUGCGACGAGUUCAAGUCACGCAAUGCACCACCUGAAGGAGCGAGAAUGCCAGCGGAUAAGGGAGCCAUGUUGAUCUAA